AUGAUUUGUUCAAUAUCAGGAGAGGUACCAGAACAACCAGUUGUCUCUGUAAAGACUGGAAAUGUUUAUGAACGUAGAUUGAUUGAGAAGUUCAUCGAUGCUAAUGGAAAGGAGCCAACGACUGGCGAGCCUUUGACAGUGGCUGAUUUGGUGACGAUAAAGAGCCCCGGCUCAAGAGCUGCCGGCGGUGUGGGCGGCGGCCCCCUGCGACCACGCACCAGCACAGCAACCAGCAUCCCAUCAAUGCUACAGAUGUUCCAGAACGAGUGGGAUGCUCUCAUGCUCGAGACCUUCACAUUGAAGCAACAGUUUGAGACCGUCAGACAAGAGUUGGCUCACUCUCUCUAUCAAUACGAUGCUUCAUGUCGUGUCAUUGCCCGUCUCAUCAAGGAGAGGGAUCAGGCCAGAAGUGCCCUUGCGAACGUGCGACUAAGAUCAUCGGCAGAGAACAAUCAAUCAUCGGAUACCUCAAUGCAGGUUGACUCUGAACUGAGUGAGGAUGUAAAGGGAAAGAUCAUAGAGAAGUCCAAAGAACUGACACAACAGAGGAGACAGAGAGCGAAACAGGCAGCCAUCAAGACUGAGCAGUAUGAGACGAUGACUACAUUGCUCUCGACCAACCCUCAUAAAUCAAGCGCAGAAUUGACUUGUCUGGACUACCACCCUAACCAAUCUUGGAUCGUCACGGGAGGCGCCGACAAUGACGCCACCAUCUAUGACAUGGACAACUCCAAGGUCGUGGCCACAUUCAAGGGCCACACCAAGCGUAUUAACCGCGCACUCUUCCACCCCACUGAGGACCUCGUGGCCACCGCCAGUGCCGACAAGACUGUGCGCGUGUGGAAGUCGACAGGCGGCGCAGCCGUCAACGUGAUCAAGAAGCACAGCGACGAAGUCACUGGAAUCUCACUGCAUCCGCUCGGCAACUACUUGGCCACGAGCUCCCUCGACGCCACCUGGGCUCUGCACGACAUUCACACUGGCGCCACACUAAUGACUGUGGACGCCAACGAUGGCAACGAUGGCUACCGCGCCAUCAGCUUCCACCCAGACGGCAUCAUCAUCGGAUUGGGUUCGGUGGAUCGCAAGCUGACCAUUUGGGACGUGACAUCCAAGAGUUGCCAGAUCACGCUGGAGGGCCACACGGCACCCGUCACUGCGUUGGCAUUCUCAGAGAAUGGCUUCCACAUGGCCACGUGCGACGACAAGACAGUGAGGAUCUGGGAUCUCCGCCAGUCACAGAAGCCACAACAGUGCUGCGUCAAGACGAUCGACUUCCCAGGCGGCCAGGUCAAGUCGCUGGCGUGGGACCCCUCUGGCAAUCUGCUGGCCAUCGCCGGCAAUGGCAUAUCAAUCUAUGCCAACAACAAGAAGAAGGACUUUAUCCAGGUCAAGACGAUCAAUGAUGACAACAUCUACACCGAUCUCAAGUGGUCAAGCAACUCGAAUAACCUCGUCACCACAUCGAUGGAUUCAACAUUGAAGCUAUGGGGCAAUCAAUAA